ACACAUAUCGUUGGUCAAACGUCUGUUAUUUCACCAGUUGUAAAAUAUGUAAAAAGAAUAUUGAUAAAUUAACCGAAAUUUUAGAAACUAAUAUAAAUUAAAGUACCGUUGCAAUUUAGUCAAACCUGACGAGAAAAGGAAUAAAUAUCUUCUCACAAUUAUAAUCUACAAUAUUGCAAUGAAGUGGAAAAUUUGCCAUCAUAUUAUGAGACAUGAUAAUGUAUCAUGGAAUUUGGUAAGAUAUCAAUAUGAUAUCUCCUCAUAUUGACAUCCUAUGAAAAUGAUCAGACUGACUAUCUGAAAAAAUCGCUUAAUUUCGAUAAUACGCACCUCAGAAACACAUCAGCGUUAUGCAGUAUAUCCUUGCAACUAUGUUGGAACUGAUCGUGAACUUCAGAUCCCUUCGCACGUCAUUGACUGAACCCUCGGGCGAGUAAUGACUAGGGGAAAGUCAAUCGUCGUGUACGCAUGACUGAGUACUUGAUAGUCAUUAUGAAGACAAAGACAUGAAACGCGUACGCACGCGACCCUGGAAUCCCUUAUUCCCUGCGCUUGCGUCGCACUCACGAACAUCGUCGGGAGGACGGUCACGUGUUCCAGUCGACAUUGCACCUCGCGAGCGACAGCAUGCACAAUCGAUUCCAACAUUUAGGAGAAACACGGCAGAUCCACAAUGUACAUCACGAGAACGACAUACACUAUACAAUGCAGCUGUGCCGAUGGGUCCUGAAGCCGAUCGGCAUCUGGCAUUUGAUCUACGGUCACUUCUCGCACUACGACAAGCUCACCUCGGUGAUCUUGAUCGUCGCGUGCCUCUCAGCCCUGUGCUUCGUUCUGAUACCGUCCGGCAUGCACACUCUGCUCCGCGAGAAGGACAUCAACGUGAAAGUCAAGCUCUUCGGCCCGGUCGGCUUCUGCCUGACCUCCACGAUCAAGUAUUGCUAUCUCGGAGCGCGUUCCGCAUCUUUAGGCAAGUGCAUUCAUCAUGUGGAGGAUGACUGGCGGGCGGUGCGGGACGAGGAUCAUCGCAGGAUCAUGCUGAAGAACGCGUUAACGGGUCGCAGACUCACCACACUGUGCGCGCUUUUCCUCUACACCGGCGGAUUGUCUUACCACACGAUCUUGCCGUUAUCUUCCAGAAGAAAGGUCAACGGCAGCUUCAUCAGCAGACCGCUCACCUAUCCUGGCUAUGACAUAUUCUUCGAUCCCGAAGCCAGUCCCGCUUACGAGAUCGUGUUUUGCAUUCAUUGUCUGUUCGCGCUAAUUACGUACAACAUCACCACAGCGGCGUGCAGCUUAGCCGCGAUUUUUGUCACACACGCGUGCGGGCAGGUGCAGAUACUGAUGACGCUGUUGGACGACCUGGUUGAAGGGGACAGGAACAAAGGUACCACCGUGGACAGCCGAUUAGGCAUAAUAGCGAAGCAUCAUGUGCGAUUGCUGAGAUUUUCGACCAACGUGGAGGAAGUGUUGCGUGAAAUAUGUUUAAUGGAAUUGGUGACUUCUACCUUGACCAUAUGCUUGCUCGAGUAUUAUUGCAUGACGGAGUGGGAAAACAGCGACGCCGUAGCGAUCUUGACAUAUUUCAUUCUGUUGAUAUCCUUCACGUUCAACAUUCUGAUAUUUUGUUAUAUCGGCGAGCUCCUCGUGGAACAGUGUAGCAAAAUUGGUUCAGCCGCGUAUGAAGUCAACUGGUAUGACUUAUCCGGAAAUAAAGCUGUCGAUCUUGUAAUGAUCAUCGCGAUGUCGCAUUACCCGCCCAAACUUACAGCUGGCAAGUUCGUCGAUUUAUCCAUAAAUACUUUCGGAGUUGUACUUAAAUCAUCCGUAGUAUAUUUAAAUUUACUACGGACCGUUACAGAAUAGGAUUUUUAGAUUAGAAAAAAGAUAUAUAUAGCAUUUAUAAUCUGAGAAAUUCGCCAUAUAUAUAUUUUUA